AAUCAGGAAUAUACAUUUUUUUUUUAACUUUUUUUUUUUUUUUUUUGCAACUUGACGCAAUAAAACGUAUCGAAUAUGCGGAACGAGUUCAGCCUCAGCAGACAAAGAUGGCCGUGCCUAGUAAACAGUACGGGCUCAUCCUGCCUCAGAAGAAUUGCUUGACGAAGCCAACACGUCUGCAGAAGCAUUCUGUGUUUGGAGAUGACUCCGACGAUGAGACGUCUGUCGGGGAGAGUCUGCAAAAAGAAGCGGCCAAGAAGAAGACGAUGAGGCAGACUCAGUUGGAAAUGAAGAAGGCCCUGGAAGAGGACAGCACAGUGUACGACUACGAUGCCGUCUACGACGACAUCCAAAAGCAGAGGCUGGACAACAGUCGGAAAGCUUUGUCGGGGGUGGAAAAGAAGCCAAAGUACAUCCAUCAGCUGAUGAAGGCGGUGGAGAGCCGCAAGAAGGAGCAGGAACGUCGGGAGGAGAGGAAGAUACAGAAGGAGCGCGAGGCGGAGGGCGAGCAGUUUGCGGACAAGGAGGCGUACGUCACCUCGGCCUACAAGCAGAAGCUGCAGGAGCAGAAGGAGGAAGAAGAGCGUGCGCGGAGGGAGGCCGCCAUCGAAGCCGCUUUGGACGUAAGGAAACAAAAAGAUCUGAGCGGCUUCUACAGACAUCUUCUGAAUCGGACUGUAGGGGAAGAAACUCUCCCGGAUCGCUUCCCGAAUACAACCCAAAAGUCACAAGAUACAAAAGCGCCAGAAACAGCUCAGACGUCAAGUCCCGGAAGUGACGAGGACGCCCACAAAGACAAAAACAGAUUCAACAGGACCCCCAGCACCGCCUCCACCUCAUCACAUCCCAAACGGCAUUACAGACGGCGUUCGCCCUCGUCGGGCAGCGACUGCGAGCGAGAAAGAGACAAGUCCAGGAAGAAACGGCAAGACGAGGACGAGCCGCACGGCAAGAGGAGGAAAGACAGCGACGGCAAAAGUCACGGAAGCAAAGACGGGGCAAGGGAAGAAGACUCCAGGAAGAGGUCAGCUAAAGAUGGAAGGAGGGAUGAAAAGAAGAAAGGUGAAGAUGGGAAUAAAGCACCUCCAGUGAAGCAGGAGGAAGAAUGUGAGAGGGAAGGUGAAAAGAAUGUGAAUAAAUUUGCCAAGCGGUCCAACGAGCAAACACUGAGCUCGGCCAGAGAUCGAUACCUCGCCCGCCAGAUGGCUCGCUCCGCGGCCAAAACCUACAUUGAGCACGAACAAGACUGACCGCCGCUGACCGAAAUUCCCUUCUUUUCACCCAAAUGUUCACAUUAAAAUGUCACAAUUGAUUAAACCUAUUUCAGUGUGAAUCUC